AUGCCUCCGGCAGCGAUUGCAAACUCUGAUGCGACAAUUCCUGCACAUGAAGAUGUACUCUGGCAAGUCAUGAAAACACAACUCACACUCCAAACUCCCCCAAUUGCGCCAAGCCCACUGAGAGUUUCUGUGAUGCUCACAACCCACCUCUUCGUGGUUUUGCAGACCUUCAACUAUGCGAUUGAACGCAUUCUGGCGAACAACCGCAUUAGCAUUUGGAUGAUCCUCCUCCACAGCUCGAUUGGCCAUGUUCAAUAG